UCUCAUCAUUCACCUCGAAUUCAAACAAUACAAUUAACAUGGCUCCAUCAAUCAGAACUUUUAACAACUACGCUUCCACUUGUGCUACCUGUAAGGAUUGCAAAACUUGCAAAUGUACCAAGAAGACCGAUUGUGCAUGCAAGGCAAGUUGUUGCAAGAAGUAAAGAUAGCAAUGAUCUAUCCAUCAAUUAAGUUUGUCACAACCAAACCGAUUCCUCUCCGGAUGUCGCAAAUUGAUCUUUACCAAAUGAUUUCCUUUUUUUCUUCUCAUCUAACGAUAUAUGAAUAUAUGAACUCAAUUAUUAGAUAUCAUUGUAUUUCAGAUCGAAAGUAG